AUGGGCAGCCGACCUGGCGGAACUCCAGACGUCCACGCCGACCGCCAUGGCCUCCAGCAACUCCAGCGCCCCCAGAUACCCGCCUCCAUGUCUGCCCCCGCCGGCCGCCUGCCGCGCCUGCUGCCCGCGGACCUCUCCUCCUACACCGACUCGUACCUGCCGACUGCAGCCAUCCCACCGUCCGCGACUUCCCUCGCCGAGCUCGCCCACCUGAUCCGCCUCCAGGGCUACCAGGAGCAGCGCAAGACGCAUGCCCGCGUGCGCCUGCACCGCUGGCUGGUCUCGAGCGCCCUCUCCGCACGUCUGGUACACUGCGGCGAGCUGGCCUACCGCACGCUGGUCGAUAACUUCCGCUCCGACGACAAGAAGUCGUUCGCCUCCCUCUACAACGCCCUCAACGAUGUCCGCAACUCGUGCGAUGCCACACGGCAAUAUGCCCUCCUGGAGCCGGAUCUGGAGUUUGGCAAGUCCAAGAACUUCCGGAGCGAGAAGCCCCUCUCUGCCUCCACUUUCCUCAAUGAAGUCCCGUCCAAGAUUCUGGACAACCUUCUCGAUUUCAUUUCCGAAAUCCGUACGAACCCAGAAUUUCUUGCUGCUCGUAUUUCCAGUCUUUCGCAGCAAGAGCUCACUUCUCUUACGUCUUUCCGUCAGACCAUGGACCCGAUUGACUCGGUCAUGUUUGCAAACGCCCGUAGCCGUACCGCUCCCUCGCAGAAGGCCCAACAGCAAGGAACAAGCCCGGUAGAACGUCUGCUAUCUUUCCAGCGUCACGAUCCGCUGUCUGCCCUCGUCUACACCAUCUUCGCUAAUUCGUCCGGACCCGACUCGGCAGAGGACCUUCGCCGCACAGAUGUAUGGGCCACUGUUUGUGCCAAGCUGAUCAAGAACAACAACCCCAACUUCAUCCGCACUGUGCUCGAUGUCUGGGCCGGCAUGCGAGAAUGGCCUGGAAAGACCAACUUGGAGCUUUAUCUUAUGCAGACCCUCCAGGAUGGCCAGUUCUUGCUCGAGAAGCCCGAGGAGCAGGCCGCACGACCCGGAAUGCAAGCGACCCCGCGCUCCAGUAAGGACACCAUCGCAGCAGACGAGUUCUUUGACAAGGCUGUCAAGCGUCUGUUCGAGGUCGUUGACGAUGAGCCCAGUGCCGGCGGUAUCCCAGAAGGAGUCCUGGAGAUUGGAAAUGCCAUCCUUCGCAAGCUGGAGGACGAGAAGAGCCUGCGCAGGGCUUCGCAAAAUUUCUUUGUCUCGCGUUGGCUCUUCUCUACCUUCCUCAUGAACGCCAUCAUUCAUCCCGAGGCAUGUCUACCCUUUCUGACGCAAGCAUUGCGAAACUAA